AUGACAGAAGAUCGGCUGCAGAUACUCGACGUUGACGUGUCUGUACACGCUCCCACACGCGCGGGGUCUCCGAACCAAGGCCGUGACAACCAUUGCAUUGCUGUGUGCGACACGACCCGCGCGAUUGCCAUAGUCAACGGUCGCUUCGUCGAUUUGUAUGGCGACAGCAACAACAGUUUACAUCCGCUCACGUUCCUGCACCAAAUUUCACUUGCAGACCACGCAACUCGCUCCCAAAGAUCGUCAUUUGGCCGGCAAUUCAGCAGUGAUGAACUAGACUGCAGUGUGGUGGAGGCUACGUGCGUAGCGUUUCCUGUUUCUGGAUUUCUGCUUGUCGGGGCUUUCGUGGAAGUUCCAGAAACUGAAGAAGCGUCGGCAUCUCUGCAGGUUCAUUUCAGCUUCAUGGAACCGAUUGUGGGGAAUUUGGGGAGGCGUAUUCGGUGUCUGCAGCCUUGUCGACGUGAGAUGACGCCGGAUGCGGGAGCUGUGGAUGUUCUCUUUGAAGAGUCAAAUUUCAUUGGCGUGUUUGCCUGGGGAGAGCGGUUUAGCGACAGGCAGGUUUGCUUGGCGCAGCUGAAGCAGCGACCGGAAAAGUUGGUGGUGGCAGAGCGCAGCUGUGAUGGUCGAUACCUUCUUGUUGGAGACGCUGGAGGGAGGCUGUCGCUGCUUGACUUUCGGGAUUGUCCGUGGGACGGAUAUGGAGUAUCGUCGGAAGCGCAGCCAUUACGAGGCAAGCGACUCGACCUUGGGGUGAAUUCCCGCUCUGGAGUGGUAACGCGCGACAACUUGCUUGAACAUGUGCGGCUUGUUCAUGCAACAUCAACCUCUGACUUGAGCUGCGCCUACACAAGUCUUCGCUGGUGGAUUUGUGGCCCACGCGAUCAGCAGAAGCAGUUAGUCCUUGCCGGCAAGCAAGAUGGGUCUCUAAGUGUAAGUUAG